AUGGCCACCGUUCGCGUACAAAGACGCAAUCGUUUAGCCAGCAAAUUGAAGGAAGUGUUCGAGCUGGAAGGUAUUGACGAAGUAGUCGCAGAAAUGCCUUGCUGGCUACUGCGGUCUGUCUUGCUGCAGGGUUACAUGUACUUGACGAAUUCUUACCUCUGCUUCUUCGCGCACAUGCCGUCAAGAGAGGAUCAAGUGCUCAAGAGUGGUCUACUGCAUAAGAAGUCGCAGCGCACGAAACGAUGGAUCAAGCAUUGGUUUGUCCUCAAGAACGACGCGCUCUCUUGGUUCAAUUCAUCCUCGGACCCAUACUUCCCGCACGGCAUUGUCGACCUUCGCUAUGCCAUCUCGUGUGAGCCUGUAGGCGAGAAGGAGUUCCGCGUGCGAACGAACCAGAAGGUUGUGCACCUGCAAGCCGACUCUGUACCGAGUCGCGAUGAAUGGGUUAAGGCCGUGCGCAAAGUCAUCUUCAAGGCGCAGAACAUGGGCGAUAGUGUGAAGAUUGCCAUCCCUUAUUCCGCGAUUCUUGACGUCGAGAAGUCGUCCGCGAUGGACUUCAGCGAGACCAUAGAAGUCAAGGUCGUCGACAAGGAUGACAGCUACUCUGUCGACUCGUACUUCUUCGCCUACUUCCACGACCUGCCAGCCGCACUCGACCAAAUUCGUGACGCUGUGCGCGUGUACCGCAGCCUUCCCGAGCCACCAAGCCCAUACUCGGUUAUGGACACGACAGCCGGGACGCGCACACCCGUGGCGCCUCAGGCCAUGGAUCGCGCUGUCAGCGCGCCAGCGUCAGACACGGCGUCUCGGACUUUGUCAGCCUUCCGCCUGCCGUCCCUCUUCCGGACCGUCCCAUCGACGCCCGAGAAGGCCAACUUUUCCUCACCCGACGUGACCGACAACGAAGAGUUUACGCACAUCUCGCGCCGGCCGAACUCGUUUGUGCCCAUCACCGCAUCGCCGAAGCAAAUGACGAGCAGCGAGCUGCCCUCGGAGGCCGCGACGCCGACGCAGUCGACCAUUGAGCACACGUACCCGCCGUCCACUUCAUCGUCAUCUACCCAGCCUGACUCUUCCCUGCAUAGCGCGACUUCAGGUGGCAGUGGCUGGACCGUGGGUGUGCCGUCGUGGUUGAAGGGGCGGCCCCGGUUGCUUGGUGGUGGCAUCCCGCGGGUGAAGGAGAUGUACACGCCACCGACAACGACGCCAAGUGCGGGGUCGGGUUCGUCGAUGGGUGAUAUGGCGUUCAGCGUGCUGGAGACGCCGGAGGCCACACUGGAUGUAGAGACGACGGAGAAGUUCCGCGCGGCGUUUGCGUACGACGAGAAGGAGAUGCUCUUGGGAUACUUCCCUGGGUUUCUUUUCCGCCUACUACCCAUCAAUGGGCGGCUGUACAUCUCGACCAACUUCUUCUGCUUCAAGUCGAGCGGACCGUUGGCAACACGGACAAGGAUGGCAAUCCCCAUCCGCGACAUCUUAGCCACGGAGAAGUCGAAAGGCACUCGGUUCGGACACCAUGGCGUCAUUGUCAUCAUCAAGGGCCACGAAGAGCUAUUCUUCGAGUUCUGGGGCGAAGACAAGCGGGACUCCUUCAUGCGCCUCCUUGGGAAGCAGAUGGAGGACGUGCAUCGCCGACUAGCCUCGGGUGAAUCCAACAACGUGCCGUCGCAGGGCAACCGCGACGCGCUCAUCCUGGAGGAGUUCGAGCCUCCUAGCGCAGACGACCCAGAUGCGCCGGCGCCAGAUACCAGCAUGACCGACUCGUUGCCCGCCGUGAUGUUCACCUCAGCUUCGUCGACCUUCCUGACCUUCAAGCCCAACAAGUCGAUGCACUUCACGUGUCUGACGAUUGGCUCGCGCGGCGACGUGCAGCCGUACAUCGCGCUGGCGAAGGGACUCAUGGCCGAUGGGCAUCGCGUGCGCAUUGCAACGCAUGUGGAGUUCAAGGACUGGAUUGAAUCGCAUGGGAUUGAGUACGGCUACGUUGGCGGAGAUCCUGCUGAGCUCAUGAGGAUUUGCGUGGAGAACGGCAUGUUUACGGUUUCGUUCCUGAAGGAAGGGCUUCAGAAGUUCCGUGGGUGGCUCGACGACCUAUUGAAGACCUCCUGGGACGCAUGCCAGGGCACUGAUGUUCUCAUCGAGAGUCCGAGUGCUAUGGGCGGCCUUCACAUAGCAGAGGCGCUGAGGAUACCCUACUUCCGAGCCUUCACCAUGACUUGGACGAGGACAAGAGCCUAUCCGCACGCCUUUGCUGUACCCGAGCGAAAGAUGGGCGGAGGCUACAACUACAUGUCUUAUGUCAUGUUCGACCAGGUCUUCUGGCGCGCCAUCGCUGGACAGGUUAACCGGUGGAGGCGGAAGUCCUUGAACCUCGAUAGCACAAAUCUUGACAGGAUGGAGCCGCACAAGAUCCCCUUCCUGUACAACUUCAGCCCUACCGUUGUGCCGCCACCUCUCGACUGGCCGGAAUGGAUUCGCAUCACCGGCUACUGGUUCCUCGAUGAUGCCGACGCGAGUGGCAAGAAAUGGUCACCGCCUGACAGCUUGAACAAGUUCAUACACAAGGCGCGCAAGGAGCACAAGAAGAUCGUCUACAUCGGCUUUGGCAGCAUCGUGGUGUCUGACCCGAAGGCGAUGACGCGCUGCGUGAUCGAGGCCGUCGUCAACAGCGGCGUUCGCGCCAUUCUGUCCAAGGGGUGGUCGGAUAGAUUGUCGGUCAAGACGACGGAGGCGAGCGAUAUUGAGGAGCCCCUACCGUCGUCGAUAUACCCGAUUGCCUCCAUCCCUCAUGACUGGCUAUUCCAGCGGAUAGACGCAGCUUGCCAUCAUGGAGGUGCUGGUACUACGGGAGCUAGCUUACGGGCUGGCAUUCCGACCAUCAUCCAUCCCUUCUUCGGUGACCAGUUCUUCUGGGCUGACCGAGUCGAAGCGCUUGGCGUUGGGUCUGGUGUGCGCAGGCUGACCGUUGAGAGCCUGACGGAUGCCCUGCGAGCCGCCACCACGGAUGUCAAGCAAAUCGAGAAGGCCAAGGCCGUUGGGGAGAAGAUCCGCUCCGAGGAUGGCGUGGCCACUGCCAUCGAAUCUAUCUAUCGCGACCUCGAAUACGCACGCUCCUUGAUUAAGGCCCCUCCAUCACAGCCACGCCCUCUUCCUCCUCAUGAUGACUCCGAUGAGGAUCUGGUCCUCGAGAAUUCGACCAUCCGGGACAGUGUGACUACCAACAACUCGGAGCACAACUCUGGGUACAACAGUUCCAGCGGUGGUGGCGCGCCGAGCGAGGACUGGAGUAUGGUCUCCGCGGAUGGAGAGGAACGUAGGCCUUCCACGUCCGGCUCCCGUCCGCCCGUCCAGCGGCGGUGCUCGAGCACCGACCGGAUAGUCAACAAGCGCAACAGCAUCGCUGCCGCUAUGCUCGCCGUUCUUCCUGACUCCCUUGCCUCACCUCGUCGCGCCGCGUCGCCUGGCGCCUGA